UACUUCCACCGGCCAACUCAAACACAUGCAACUUACAGAAAGCAGCCACAUAGUUUUCAAAUAUCUAACUUAAUAAUGGUAACUGUCUGGUGUGGUGUUAUCUGGCGAAAAAACCAACAAAACAACAUGAAAUCCUACUGGAAUAACACCCAAAACACAAUAGAUUUUAUAUAGUGUGUUUUGGGUCUUAUUCCAGUAAAGAAACCAUUAGUUUGUAUUGCAGUCAUAUUAACCAAGUACGGAGUUCAACGUGACCUAAUCAGACGCGUCUCCUUGACAACCCGCGCAGCGUAACGUCACGCACUUCAAUAAGUUCUUCGGUGAAGAUGGCCGAGGCUGCCGCGGCUCCACGACACCGGUAUUUCUGUCAUUGCUGUAAAUGUGAAAUCGAUCCUAAACUCCCGGAGUAUGUGUGUCCCAGAUGUGAAUCUGGUUUCAUUGAAGAGCUUUCGGAGAAUAACAGUCUUCAGAGGUCUGAUGUUACUGGUGCAGGUGAUGAAAUAACCUCACAGUUUUCAGAGCUGUGGCAGCUGCUCUUCAUGGAACGUUCGGCCCUCCUGUCUGACCCCACAGUCACAGAUGUCCUCCGGAGCCGCUCUGGGGUCGAGGCUGCAGUUGGUGCUCCUGCCUCUGGGCCGGUGGGACCUGUAGCUUCCACAGAGUCUUCUACAGUCUGCACUGAGCCGUCACACCUCCCUCAAGUGUCAAGCAGUCACCAGCGAAACCCAAGACUGGAUCAGGGACAGGCUAUGGAGGGGAUUGUCCAGCAGUUCUUGGCCGGUCUGUUUACCAAUUCAGACAUUACUGGUUCCCAACCAUCUUCGUGGUCGAGCAUGUUACACUCUAACCCUGAAGAUUACGCUUGGGGACAAGGAGGCCUAGAUGCGGUCAUUACACAGUUGCUCGGUCAGACUGAAUGUAGCGGUCCCCCUCCUGCUGAAAAAGAGAUGAUCUCAUCUCUUCCCACCAUUAGCAUCUCCUCAGAGCAGGCUGCAUGCCAGCUGGAAUGCCCUGUGUGUAAAGAAGAGUAUUCUACAGGAGAAUCUGUGCGGCAGCUGCCCUGUCUCCACUGCUAUCACAGCAACUGUAUUGUGCCUUGGCUACAACUGCACGACACCUGUCCUGUCUGCCGGAAAAGUCUGGAUGGUGAGGACCGUGGUUUCCAGCCACCUCCUAGGCCAAACCCGUCAUCACCGACCGUAUAGGAACGUAGCACUCUUUAUUGGUGUUAAUUAUGAUCAAUCCAGGACAGAUAGAUACACAAACAGUCAUGAGCACCAUAUUUUGAAAGACAUUUGACUAUAUGGAGACGGACAUCGAUAUCUGAAUCAAGAGCUGUUUGACCUGCGUUAGUGUAUGUUAAUCAAAUUUGUGAAGUAAAAUAUCUCAAAUGUUUAUGGUCCGACUUGAACAAAUAUGUGAUUAUUUAUUAAUUUUGGGUUGGAGCAAACAUAGACUCUUAGGUCGACCCCCAGGACUGGAGCUGACUAUCACCGAGUUAGCUGAUACAGAGUUAUCUCAGAGGGUACAGUUCAGGUUGCAUAUGCAUAUUUUAUGACAUGUUUACCCUAUAGCUUUUUCAGAGCUUUUAAUGUCUCUAAAAAAGGUGAGCGCGCAGUUCACUUUUCUUCUUCAUCUGCCUCGCACAUGUCUUCACUCUUUUGAAGGUAUAGAAAAGUUUGAACCUAUACACCUGCUCCUUUUCAAACACUGUGAAACAUAUGCAACACUUCUUUGAUCGUGGAGAGUGCCUAUUUAAUAUACAAAUGAAAUGUCUUCACUAUUUUGUUGAAUAGAAAGGAAAUCCUAUUUAUGAUAUUUAUGAUGGGAAACGUAUGAUCUGUAGAAAUUAAUGUAUUACCAUGUUAUGAAGCUGACACUGUUUUUAAAUGUUUUAGAAGUAUAUUUUGAUGUUGAUGUGGGUGCUUUUGUCUUCAUGCUCAGGGUUUUGAGUCCCAGAACUUAUGAAAGGCCUUUUGUACAACUUGUGUGGUAUUAAAUGUAAUAGAAUAAAAGUAAAAUGUUUACAUAAAUAAAACAAAAAGGAUGCAUAGAUACGGACAACUUAA